CGUCGCUGGGCGCGCGCCGGGAGGUGCAGCUCCGCCGCGUCCGAGGGCAGCGCAGCAGCUGCAGCGGCCGCUGCGGGAGGGGCCCGGAGCCCCGCCCCCGGGGAGGGGCCUUCCGCAGGUGAGCCGGGCUCGGGUCCGGGCCUGGAUGCCUGGGUCUUCGGGAAGUGGAUUGGGGGCUGGACGCCAGGAUCUCCCGGAAAAGAAUCGAUUGGAGUCCUGAUGCAUAGGUUCCGGAGGGACUGCAUUGGUGCCUGAGCCUUGGUAGGGUGCAUUGGUGCCCGAAUGCCAUGAUUCCGAGGGGUGCACUGAGGCCCGGACGCCUGAGACCCCGAAGGAGAAAUCCAUUAGGCGUCUCUUAAUCGCAAGACAGGCCACAUUCUUUCUGCAUCUCCCUCCAGGUCUCCCCUCUACCCUCCACGCUGGGGAUGAAAUUUAGCAACAAGAAGGAAGCAGUUCACGCGGCGUCCAUGGACGGAGACUAAACCGCGACUCCGGUAAAGCUACCUAUUGGAGGUGAAUCCCGCCCACUGAGCUCAGGCUCCUCCCCUGGGACAGAGUUGUAAAAGACCCGCCCACCCCGCUGGAAGGCCCCUCCCCUGGGUCUGAGUGGCUUUGGAGCCUAUUUAUAUGGCCCCGCCCAUUCCCGUCUUAGUUUCCACUGCUGGGAGGUUCUAAUGGGGGGAGGUCCCGCCCACUGUGGAUCCUGGCUUCGGCAGCUCUGCGCUCAGGACAGCCCCAGAGUUUAAGUUGUAGAGGCCUCGCCCACUCCGUUCAAGGGCUCCAAGCCUGGGUCUAAGUUGCAAAGGGUCACGUUUGCAUAAACCCCCGCUAGUUGUGCUUUUAGGCUCCGCCGGCCCGCAAGCAACACCUGCCCUGCCUUUGGAUUCCAGACUUAAGACCUCGCUCCUAAAACACUGGUCCGUGAUUUUAGGCCCUAUAGCCUAUCCCCAUCAGCCUGAUCAUCACCGGCGUGGCCUAGCUCCCUCUGGGUUCCUGGGCCAGCAAGAUGCUGGAACGAGAUGCGGAGUCCGCGGCCGGGGACACGGAUCCUAGUCCCACCGGCAAGGAACCUAUAACCAAAGGAGGAGCUCCCCACCAGGGCUCGCCGCAGAAGCCCAGCCAGUCGGUUCCCGGGCCUGCCACGUCCGCGGGGGCGCCUUCUCGACCCCGCCGGCGGCCCCCGCCCCAGCGCCCGCACCGCUGCCCCGACUGUGACAAGGCCUUCUCGUACCCGUCCAAGCUGGCCACGCACCGGCUGGCACAUGGCGGCGCCCGCCCGCAUCCGUGCCCCGAUUGCCCCAAGGCCUUCUCCUACCCCUCCAAGCUGGCGGCUCACCGCCUCACGCACAGUGGUGCCCGCCCACACCCGUGCCCACACUGCCCCAAAGCCUUUGGCCACCGCUCCAAGCUGGCCGCCCACCUCUGGACCCAUGCGCCUGCCCGCCCCUACCCGUGCCCGGACUGCCCCAAGUCCUUCUGCUACCCCUCCAAGCUGGCAGCCCACCGCCACACCCACCACGCCACCGACGCCCGCCCCUAUCCUUGCCCGCACUGCCCCAAGGCUUUUUCCUUCCCCUCCAAACUGGCCGCCCAUCGCCUGUGUCAUGACCCCCCCACGGCGCCGGGCAGCCAGGCCACGGCCCGGCAUCGCUGCUCCAGCUGCGAUCAGGCCUUUGGCCAAAGACGCCUCCUGCUCCUUCACCAACGCAGCCACCACCAGGCUGAGAGCCAGGGGGAGCGCGAGUGAGCCCUCCCCUUGGCUCACAGCGCCCCCCUGCCGCCAGCCCAGGUCAAUGAAGAGGUGGCAUUUCUAAGCUGGGCUGUAUGGACUUGCCUCUGCUCCACUCUGGGCUCAAACUUACCGGGCUGAGGACUUCUGCUCACCUGUUUGGGGGAGGGAAAGGUGUCACCCAUAGUUAGCACUGGGCCCCAAACUAUGGGUUUGGAGCUGUGGGUUGAAAUCAAGUCCUGGCUCCGGUUUUUUCCCUCCUAUUCACAAGGCAAAAGUAAAAAGUCUGCUAGCACCGGGGGUUGGUGAGGAAUGUGGGGAAACAGGGUCUCUCCUUAUUGUGAGUUAAAUUGGUGCCUGCAUUUUGGCCGUUUUGACUGUAUCUAUAAAAAAUUUUAAAUGCACACAUGGUCGUGUCAACUAUUCCACUUCUAGGAACUUAUCCUGUAGAUAAACUCAGCACGUUGAAAUAGGCAUAAGGGUAAGGAUGUCCACAGUGGGAUGGUUGUGGCCAAAGAUGGGAAACAAUCCAAG